CAAUAGUUGAGGAGAGCGUAUUAGUCUUGGAUUAAAGGAUUAACAUUGGAGUUUAGUGUUGUGGGUGUGUCCAGAGAAGGAUUGGAAUAAUAAGCAUUGCUGUUGGGCCUAAUUGUUUAAAUAUUUCAGUGAGGUUGUUCUAUUCUUUUACAUUUAUAAGGAGGAUACAUUAACGGAAUUCGUCAAAUUAUAUACUGGACGUUGAUGAAGAUUGAUUGAGGAAAAUGGUGAUUACCCGUAUAGUUGUGGACCUCCUGGCGUUCAUGAUACUGGGAAGCUAUGCUGACGAUGUGAGUUACCAGGCAAUAGGUUGCUAUGGUGAUGCUUCCGGUGACAGCGUCAAUAGUCUGGUUGCAUCGUGCAGCACGGGGCGUAUAUACAUAAACGAUAUUCUUGUUGGAACAAAACCAGCAUCAGUCGGUUGUCCAUCUGUGGACCACCAGUCUUUCCCCACCCUGUCGGAGACAUGCUGCACCUACAACACGUCUACAGACUGUGUGAGGCCCUACACUGGGUUCUCACUCAUGGCCUAUCUGUCCGACUGUACGGGCGCAGUGAAGUGCGAAAAACAGGUUAUCUGGGACGUGAUGGCGUGUGAUACGGCAGUACAUGUAUACCCUACAUUCAGCUCCUAUAUGGUGCUGGACUACGUGUGCAGAACAACUGGAGUGGUCGGUUCCCCAUGUGAUGACGUGACGGACUGUCGGUACGCGCGACCGGAGUGCCAGGACCAGGUUUGUGGAUGUGAAGACGAUUACUCCUAUGUCGGCGGGAAAUGCGUCCUCGACGGGUCGACGGGCGGAGAAUGUUUGCUGCAGGCCAGCGUCCCCUGCUCGGACCCGAACGCGGAGUGCUCUUAUAGCGGUAUCUGCCAGUGUCGGGUCGGCCAUCGGCUUAUAGAUGACAGCUGCAUUGCAGGUAACGAUGUCCUACAGAGGGUGACGAGUUGUUACGGCGGCAGGAUCUCCCUGUCUUGUGAGACUGGAGGGAUCUACAUCGUGGACAUCAGUGUGGCGGCCAAACAGUUACAAACCAAUUGCGGUUCUCCACCAACCGACUAUGCCGAGUGUUGUACAGUGAAUGUUACCACAGACUGCAUCAACAAGUACGAAGGUCUAAGUAUCACGAGUUUCCACGAGUGUUACGGAAAGUCCUCCUGCGAAAAUCAGGCGGUCUGGGCGCCCAUCACCUGUGAGCCGCCGAAACUCUUCCCGUCCCUUAGCAACUACAUGAUCAUUGACUACUACUGCCUCCCGUUCGGGCACAAUUUCGGUCCAUGCAAUGCUACAGCGGACUGCAUGGAUCCCGCCGCCGGGUGUGACAAGGGGUCCUGUCAGUGUACCCAAGAUCACGUGGCCGCGGACAUUUUUGGCGGGUGCUUGGAAGACGGACACGUGAACGGAGACUGCAUGAUUGGCUCAGUCACGCCCUGUACCGGACAGAACACGAAGUGUGACUAUGGAAGCAACAAGUGCGUGUGCAUCGAUACGUACGCCAUCGAUGACGUCACCAUGGAGUGCGUGUGUCCCUCGGGCUACCGGGAGGUCAACAGUCGGUGCACCAACGUCCCUGCACAGCUGAUAGAAACUACAUGCACAGAGGGCACCAAGUCUUUCAAUUUUCCAGUGGUUCAAAUGUGCCAAAGCUCCAGUGCAAGCAACAGUCUUGGAGUUAUCCUUGAUGUGCAUGCCGCCAUGUACGGCUUACCGGAAAAAGGAAGUGCCAAGUGCGCAUGCGAAGUUACGACGACCAGGAGAAAUCCUAACAAUACUUCAAGCUACACUGCAAGCUCAGCCUUGUCAAACACCUUUUCAAAUGGAUGUGGAACCCAGCUUGAAAUCGGUGGUAAAUCCAUUUCGUGCCAAGAUAUUCCCAAUGCUAACAUCGAUGAACAAAAUACUGCAGUGAAUUUCUUUCGCGAAUCAAAGGCGAAGAAUGACUCCGCCAGUUAUGGAUAUUGUGGGGUGUUUUACCUAGAUACUGCAGAUAACGCUAUCGAUAUUACAAUAACAUGCUUCGAAUAUGGGUCCGCGGCUGAAACCACAACAACGGCACCACCUACCACUACACCGACAGCAAAAGCAACAUCUGCUACAGUACCGACUACUACGGCUAUCGGGACUACAAUCGCCGAGACUUCUUCAACAAUCGAAGCUACUACAUCCGAUGCUAUUACAAAAGUGGUGAAUACAACCACUGUGGCUAUAACAACCGAACCAUCUACAACCGAGGUUACUUCAAUUAGUACUGCUGCUUCAACCGAUGCUACUACAACCACUGAGUCUACUACAACCGAGGCUAUAACGACCUCUCAGGCAUUUACAACCGACGCUUCUACAACCACUGAUCUGUUUACAACAGAGGCUCCUAAAACCACUGAGGCUUCUUCAAGCGUAUCUACGUCAGCUAGGGCUAUUACAGCCACUGGGGUUUCUAAAACAGAGGCUUCUACAACAAUAUACACGACAAUCACCAAGGUAUUAACAUCUACUGACAAAACAACAACCACUGAGGCUUUUACAACCAUCGUGGCUGCUACAACCGACGCUACUACAACUGAUGUUACUACAACCGAGGCUACUACAACUGAUGUUACUACAACCGAGGCUACUACAACCGAGGCUUCUAUAACCAAUGCUGUUACAACCGACGCUACUACAACUGAUGUUACUACAACCGACGCUACUACAACUGAUGUUACUACAACCGAGGCUACUACAACUGAUGUUACUACAACCGACGCUACUACAACUGAUGUUACUACAACCGAGGCUACUACAACCGAGGCUUAUAUAACCAAUGCCGUUACAACCGACAAGGCUGCUACAACCGACCAGGCAACAACGACCGAACAGGCAACUACGACAGACCAGGCUACAACGACCGUUGUUACUACAACCGAGGCUAUUACGACCGAGGCUACUACAACCGACCAGGCAAUUACGACCGUUGCCUCUACAACCGAGGCUACUACAACCGACCAGGCAACUACGACCGUUGCUACUACAACCGAAGCUACUACGAUCGCUGCUUCUACAACCGAGGCUACUACAACCGAGACUACUACAACCGACCAGGCUACUACGACCGUUGCUACUGCAACCGACCAGGCAACUACGGCCGUUGCUACUACAACCGAGGCUACUACAACUGAGGCUACUACAACCGACAAGGCAACUACGACCGUUGCUACUACAACCGAAGCUACUACGAUCGCUGCUUCUACAACCGAGGCUACUACAACCGAGACUACUACAACCGACCAGGCUACUACGACCGUUGCUACUGCAACCGACCAGGCAACUACGGCCGUUGCUACUACAACCGAGGCUACUACAACAGAGGCUACUACAACCGACCAGGCAACUACAACCGACCAGGCAACUACGACCGCUGCUACUACAACGGAGGCUUCUACAACCGAAGCUAAUAAAACCGACCAGGCAACUACGACCGUUGCUACUACAACCCAGGCUACUACGAUCGCUGCUACUACAACGGUGGCUUCUACAACCGAAGCUAAUAAAACCGACCAGGCAACUACGACCGUUGCUACUACAACGGUGGCUUCUACAACCGAAUCUAAUAAAACCGACCAGGCAACUACGACCGUUGCUACUACAACCCAGGCUACUACGACCGAUCGUUCUUCAACCGAGGCUUCUACAACUCAAACAGUUGCGACCACAGAAGCUGAGUCUACAAUGACUGCAGAGACAACACUUGAGUCUACAAAUGCCCCGUCGACAUCGUCAUCUUCUGUUUCUCCCUCUUCAAAGGCGAAUACGACCGAGUCAACUGGCACAACCACAAUUUUUCCUUAUGCUGCGGUUAUUGGAGCAUGUGCGGGACUGGUGCUCAUCGUUAUUACAGGAAUAGUGAUAUCAUGUUGCUCACGUCGCAAUGAUUCGUACGACACAAGCGCAUCCGCUAAUUUUAACGGCAUUCUGAUCCACAAUCCAAAAUACGACAGAGAGUUCGAUCCCGACGAAAAUACACCUAAACAAGAUAUGACAGAAACUCAUGAAGAAAUAAACGUCAAUUUAGCAUUGUUUGACAAUGAUAACAAGGCCAACGAAAAUGGAUUAAAUCCCAAACCGGACGUCACUUAUGUCAACUCGAGCUUUGUAAAUAAUGAUGAGCAGCCUGUUACUGAAGAAGGUCAAGAAAUGAUAGACACUGAACCAGUGCCUGUAGACGACUGUGCUCAAUAUGACGAAGAACAAGAGGCCGAUAGUGUAAGAAGUCAAGAGCAAGUUGUGGACGAUAUGUUAGAUGUAUUGAACCAAAACCCUUAGCGUGAGUCAUGGGUGCAUUUAUGAUACCUUGAUAAACGAUUAGACGUCUUGUAUAUCUCUUAUAAAUAAUUGUAUUAAACGAUGUAUCGGAGAAGGUAAAACUCAUUUUCGAUACUACGACAGAUACCACUGUUUGCAAAUAAGAUUUGCGUUUUGCGGUUUUAAAGCAUUUCAUAGUGGCGACAUUAUUUCAACCUAAUGCCGCCAUUAAUGGGUGCAAGGUAUCAUCUGAAAAACACGCACAUUUGAACUGCAAUUUAAUCCCACUAUUAUCUUAGGCACGACUACAAAUUUCAAAGGUCCGCAGUGAUUUCAAAUCCGUUUGAAAGUUUGGGUCUGUCUGUUCUUCUUUUGUUGGUAUAAUCGUCAUCGUUUGACAAAAUGCAACGUGCCUUGUUUCUGCUUUGUGGCAAGCACUUCACUAAGUUUAAUUGCUGCAAAAAUAAAGAGAAAGAAAGUAUGCGUGUUUAUACUACUGAUACAAGAACAAGCUAGUAAUGGUAUUUUUCAGUUGGUCGUUAUGACUGAGUGCAGUAAUCGCUCGCGAUGGAUUCUCUACCAAAGAGCAAAUGUUAAGAGCAAUAAACAAUUAUGCUGUAUUUGCCAGACAAUAUUAAAAUAUAUUUAGUUAUCAGAUAAAACUGAGAGUCAGUUCUGAUUUGAGCAUGCGAUUCAUUUGGUAUUUGCUUUCCUAAUUUGAACAAUGAUGAUUUACGUGUAUACCUUGGAAACAUGUACGAUAUAUAUAUAAAUCAAUUAAAAUAGAAACAAAUGUCACAAUACUGCUGCAUUGUUGCAAUCUAUGAUGAUGUGAUAAGGUGUUCUUAAGAUAUGCAGUUGGAAAGAGAUCAUUGUAUUGUCAGUGCAAUUACCGAUGAGCAAUAAAGGGAUCUCAAGUAAAAACUAUCCUUCAACUAUCCGAUUUUGCGAACGUAUAUUUCCAGAGUGUGUCAAUGUUCAUGCAUUUGUUCGCUUGUUAAGAGAUAUAUUACGAGAUGUGUAUUAUAACAAACUGGCGGAUUACCAUGGAGACACAUUCAUCCUUGUAUUUGUAUAAGGAAGUUCAAUUUGUCAACCCACAUUGUUUUACUAGAAAAUAGCAAAUAUAGAAAUAUUCCAGCUAAACACAGAUUGUAAUAAUUUACCUUUAACUUUGUAGACAAAUCAAUAUACAUAGACAAGACAUGAGAAGAACAUGUGAUAUUGAAGAAUUAAUUUCAUUUUGUUUUAAUUGUUCAAUGUAUAAUAAAAUACGACAGACUUAUUUUCUUAGAUAUUAUGUUAGAAAUCCAAGUAUGACAAAAUUUAUAUGAACACUUAAUUCGGAUAAUAAACCUCUGUUAAUAAGACAAGCUGUUUAAUGUCUCCAUGCUAAAACAGAUAAGAGACUUGAAUGCAAAAAAAUCACAUUUAAAGACAUCCUCACAUACAUCAGUGCUAAAAUUAUCUUUAGCUUUCACGAUGUUAUAACAUGUUUGUAAAUAAUAUAUUGCAAAAUUACUCAUUUUUCUUAUCAUGCAUGCAAUAUUUGUAAAAAAAAAUUGUGUGUGUGUAUAACGAUGAGCUGUAUAUCCUUAAGUUAAGUAUGCAUAAUGUUUUGUUCUGUGCGUUAUAAACGCUUUCUACGAGUACAUUAUUGAGUUCACUGCUAUUUCUCAAUAGUUUAACUGUUGUAUUUCUUACGUACGCGUGGUCUAAACUUAAAUAAAUUACAAUAGGUGUCGGAUAUGUAUUUGUUUUCUAGCAUAUGUUUGUUGUUAAAAACGGAAUGGAAAUAGGUUUUGUAUUUUUUAUGUUACAUUUUACCUACCUAGUACAUAUACGUAUAAGAGUUUAAUGUUAUUAUAAAUAAAACUAAAGGAAUAUUUGUUUUUUCGUUCAAGUUCAAAGUUUUAUUAUAUGUGUUUUAGAUGUGCAUAUUUUGUUUACAUUGGCUGCUGACAAUAUUAAAGAAAUUUAAUAAUGUUUUAUAUUCUUAUAUAUAACCAGAUAUUUUUUAUACAAUACAGAUUUA